AAGCCUCCUUUUCUCCGUUUUCCUUCAGGAUGGCAUUCUUCAAAUAUCUCCGCUCUGUUAAGAAUGAGCUGAUCCUCUUCUCAGCCCCGUUUCUUUUUCUUCCACUGCCUUUAGUGGUCGGGACAUCGGAGGCAGAAUGCGCCUAUGUGAUAGUCCUGAUGGCGGUGUACUGGUGCACAGAAGUCCUACCGCUGGCCAUAACAGCUCUGCUCCCGGCCAUCCUUUUCCCCGUGUUUGGCAUCAUGCAAUCCAAAGAUGUGUGUAUGCAGUACCUGAAGGACACAAACCUGUUGUUUGUGGGGGGACUGUUGGUCGCAGUAGCCGUGGAGCACUGGAACCUGCACAAGCGCAUCGCCUUGAGGGUGCUGCUCCUGGUUGGUGUGCGACCAGCGCUUUUGAUGUUGGGUUUCAUGGGUGUGACAGCCUUCUUGUCCAUGUGGAUCAGUAACACAGCUACCACAGCCAUGAUGGUGCCUAUUGUCCAAGCAGUGCUCAAGCAGCUCAACAACAGUGAGGCAGAGAUACCUCAGAUCCUCAGCUCAGAGGAGCAGGUCCAGACAUCAGAGACGGACAGUAAACAGCCUCCACAGACAGAGAGACAGAGUGAGGGCCAAGCCCCUGUGGUGGUGACUUUCUUGGAUGUGGCGGUGGAGGCUACCAUGCAAAAAGAGGCAGCAGAACAGAAGAAAAUGUGCAAAGGGAUGACCCUGUGCGUUUGUUACGCUGCCAGCAUCGGAGGCACCGCCACGCUGACGGGAACCGGUCCCAAUCUGGUGCUCAUGGGCCAGAUGAACCAACUCUUUCCUGAAAAUGGGGACGUGAUUAACUUUGCCUCCUGGUUCGGCUUUGCCUUCCCUAACAUGAUCCUCAUGCUCACACUGGCCUGGCUUUGGCUGCAGUUUGUCUUCAUGGGAUUCAACUUUAAGAAGAUGUGGGGCUGUGGGGCUGUGAAGACAGAGAAGGAGAUUGCUGCCUAUAAUGUGAUCCGUGAGGAGCAUCGCCGGCUGGGGCCCAUGUCCUUCGGAGAGAUCAGCGUCCUGGGUGUCUUCGUUCUGCUGGUGGUGCUGUGGUUCUCAAGGGACCCAGGCUUCGUCGACGGCUGGGCGACACAUAUCUUCAACUCCAAAGCAGAGUAUGUGACAGAUGCCACAGUGGCAAUCUUCGUUGCCGUCCUUCUCUUUGUUCUGCCGUCUAGACCCCCACGCUUCUGUUCGUGGAGGACUCACAGUUUUGACACAGCAUCCCAUCAACCUGUUGGCCCAACUCCACCUCUGCUCACCUGGAAAGUUGCCCAAAAGAAGUUACCAUGGGGCAUUGUGCUUCUUCUUGGCGGAGGUUUUGCUCUGGCCAAGGGCAGUGAAGAAUCAGGACUCUCAAAGUGGUUGGGAGAUCAAAUGACUCCCCUGCAAAGCAUCCCUCCCUGGGCAAUUGCUAUCAUCUUAUGCCUGCUGAUUGCUACCUUCACAGAGUGCACCAGUAAUGUGGCCACUGCAACGCUCUUCCUACCUGUCUUAGCCUCAAUGUCUCAGUCCAUUGGAAUCAAUCCACUGUACGUCAUGGUGCCUUGUACUCUGAGCGCCUCUUUUGCCUUCAUGCUGCCUGUUGCUACGCCUCCGAACGCCAUAGUCUUCUCCUACGGAUACCUCAAGGUUGCUGACAUGGCCAGGACAGGAAUAGUCAUGAACAUCAUUGGCAUCCUUUGUAUCACGCUGGCCAUCAACAGCUGGGGCAAGGCCAUGUUUGACCUGGACUCCUUCCCUGCCUGGGCCAACGUCACCGGGGUGUGAGCCUGGUACUGCCACAGCAGAGGAUCCACGCACACCCUGCCCUCCCUAUCCACAGGUGCCAAACAAAGACCUCUGGUCAGAGCGACAGCACAGGACCACACGGUGGACCGCCUGCGUCCGAUUGCUGUCAGAAUACAAGGCCCUCAAGACUUGUUUUCAUUGACACCUGAGUCUUGCUUGUGAAAGAAAGUGGUGACGAAUAUGAUUGGGAAAGAAAGAAGAGUGGUUGAGGAAUGAAUUAAAAAACUUUUCGUUAUUUACAUUGUAUCAUAAUUAAGUGACAGCUACACUCAUAAAACAGUAUCACAUAAAUCAUACUGUCAGUAUUUAUACUCUCAAAUACUGAGAUUUUAUAAUCCUAUUAAGCAGCUAAGGAAAGGCUAUUCAUGAGGCAAGACAAGUUUAUUUGCAUAUUUCAGCAAUAAGGCAAUUCAAAGCGCUUCAUUAACCAUAAAACCAUCGAGACAAAGUGCAAAACAUUAUAUAAGGUGUAAUAAAUUGAAAAAAUAUAAAAUAGAAGAGAUAUAAUAAGCAUAAGACAUAAGAUGGAAAAUAAAACCCACUGAAAAAUAAUAAUAAUAAUAUUUGUUUCCCCUACAUCAGUGGUGGAGAUUAUAAACGAAAAUGUUUUACAUAUUCACAUGUAGAGACAUCUAAAUAGCAAUUAGCCAUAUGGUAAAUUAUAAUAAGGUAACUUUGCACAUUUACUCAAGUACUGCACUUAACUACAAUUUUGAGGUACUUGUACUUUAUUUAAGGAUUUACAUUUUGUGCUCCUUCUGCUUUUACUUUAAAUAUUUUCCUUUUUUACUCUAGUGCAUUUAUGCUGUAGACAGCUGUAGUUUUUUGUAACUUUUCAUAUCAAUGUAAUAUGAAAUAUUAUCAUAGAUUAAACUAGAUAUGAAAUAGCCCCAACUCAACCAGACGCAAUAUUAUUUAUUUAUACAUUAGUAUAAUCCAAUAACAUUAAUAUAACACUGACAAGGGCAAUUCAGCUGCCUAAUCAGUACUCUUACUAUUUGAUACAUAUUUGUGUCAAAAAUCUGUACUUUCAGUGAUGUAAAAUGUUGAAUUCAAGACUGCUUUUACAUUAUGGUGUAGCUACUUUUACUAGUAAUAGUUUACUAAGUAAAAAAAAAAAUCUAAAUACUUCUUCCCUUACUGCUACCAAGAACUGAGUGGUUUGCAGGCACAUCUUUCUAAGUAGAUUUGAGGUAACAAACGCUGUCGGUUAGUUUUGGCAUUUUGGUAUUUAUAGAUAAUGGGCUAAUAUGAACAGUAUGUCAGAAACUUGACAAUAACCCCUAUGUUGACCUACUAUGUUGACCAUGUAGUGUAUCAUCACUACAACGCAAGAAACCUAUGUGCCUUGCGACGACAUUGUGAAAUGUCUCACUGCAAUAAUGAAUUCUGACUGAAUUGCAAUAAAGAUGAUAUUUCAUCUAUUUUCUCUUCAAUUUCAAGACCUUUGUAACAGGGAAAUUAAUAAUACAGUAUAUUAUCUGCCUAAGUAGCCAAUGGAAUGAAGUACUUCAUUGGUCUGUGACAAACUCUAAAAAUAAAAGACACAAGUUUUGA